UUGUCGUUUUACCAAGGCGAAAGAAAGAAGACAAGUGAAAACAAGCUUCUCGGUAGCCUGGUGUUGAAGGGCGUCCGGCCCGCUCCCAGGGGCGUUGCAAGGAUCACGGUCUGCGUCGACGUCGACGCCAAGGGCAACCUGAACUGUUCUGCCGUGGACAAGUCGACCGGCAGGAAGGCGACCAAGAGCAUACCGGGCGUCGGGGUCGAAGGGAAGCUUUUGUCGGCGGAGGAGGUGGAGAAGAUGGCCCGACAAGGAGAGAAGCACGAGUCGGAGGACGAAGAACACGCGAAGAAAGUGAGUGUCAUGAAAGCAAUGGCGGAGUAUACGGCCGUGGUCAGGGAGAAUGCGGCGGCGGGAUCCUACUCCAUGAAGGCACACGGCGCGUUCAUGGAGGCGGCUGAGAAGAUGAUGGAAGAGUUUAAGGAGAAGGCAAAGGAGUUUGGAUUGGAACCUAGCUAA